CAUGUGUCUACGGGCUUAUCGUUGUCUUCUCGCUUUAUUGUGACAACGGUAGCGACAGGGCUGAAAUGACCGAGGUUCCGGUGUGAUGAACUUGACCUGCCUGUGACCAGUUAGCACGGAUAACACAUCGCGUUGGCAGGUUAACACACCAGCGUUAGCACAAAUAACCAAUAUUAUGAACAUGCACGGCACGGUUUGUUGUAGAAUGGCGAGUCACGUGAGCGCGCACCAAGUCUGUCACUUUACUGUAAAGUUAGAUAAAAUGACCAGCAGCCGCGCACUCCUACGUUGAUCUGGUUAAAACGUAAAGGUGGUUUUGAGAUUAUUAUACUGUCACAGCGAAGAGACAUAAUGUGUAUUAAUGUUUUUUUUUUUUUACGUUCUGUUUAACACGGUGUUUGUUAUUGUUUUUACAUUUCGUUAAAUAAAUGCGUCGCAUUUACUUUGAAGGAAAAGCGCUGAACUUCCGGUGAAAUCGCUGCACGCUUGUGUCGCUUGACUGAGGCCUCCUGUGUUUUCAACGAACGGAGAGCCAAGAAGAAAAAUGGCGUCUGCAGGCGACCCAGAGCGGGACACCGGCCGUUCACUUUGAGCUUUACACCCUGGAAGUGAGACCGGGGCCUGGUGGGCACGCUGCGGGAACCGUCGCCGGACCCACUGGCUCGUUGCUCUCCCGAUUUUCUCCGGUGUGUGCGUCUCGUUCGAGCACCGAGAUUGAAGCGGAACAGGAGCGACUCUCUCCCACAAUGAGGGGGAGAAGAGGAAGGCCGCCCAAACAAGCAGCCGUGAUGCGGGAGGGUUCACCCGGGCCAGUCCGCGGCUCUCGGGGCGGCAGGACCAGAGGGAUGCGCGGGCGGGGGAGAAGCAGAGGUCGUGGCCGGGUGGCAAGCGGCGGCUUCUGCGGCUCCGCGGAAGGGGACACGGAAAUCUCCGGCCGAGAGAACUUUCAUUCGUCCCGGGGCCGCAGGAAAGUUGGAGCCUCCAUCACGGCGGCGCCCGCGACAUCGCGGAGCAGAGGAAGCAGAGGGAGAGGCAGGGGGUCCAGAGGCGUCCGCGGCGUCAGAGGCGGAGUGCGGCGGCCUCUCAACAAGGUGGUGUACGACGACAACAGCGACGAGGAGGACGAUAAUAUAAGCUACAGGUCUGAGGAAGACGAACUCCUGAACGACAACCCUUCGGAUCCCGAAGAAGAGGAGGCCUUGGGAAACGACUCGGACUAUCUGGAGGAGCUGCCGUAUGAUGAUGAUGAUGCCAGCUACUGCACCGAGAGCAGCUUUCGGAGCCUCAGCACGCUCGGUAGCACCCCAGGCCCGAAGAGGAGUCGGUUAAUGCCACCGAGCUCUCCCAUCCUUGAGGCAAAAGACAUUCCUCCCCUGGAACUUCCCAAGUCGUCUGAGGACCUCCUGGUCCUCACCUCGCAGCUCCUCAAUGUAUCUGCUGUCUACGAGGUCCUCCGAAACUUUGGCUCAGUGCUCCGUCUCUCUCCGUUCCGCUUUGAGGAUUUCGGUGCAGCGCUGGCCAGCCAGGAGCAGUGCACGCUGCUGGCUGAGACCCACAUCUCCCUGCUCAAAGCUAUUCUCAGAGAAGAGGACACUUCCAACACCACAUUUGGUCCUGCUGACGUGAAGGACUCUGUUAACUCCACUUUGUAUUUUGUGGAUGGUAUGACCUGGCCAGAGGUUGUGCGGGCGUACUGUGAGAGUGACCCGGAGUACCGGCAUAUUCUGCCUCCCCAAGAGAGCGAGGAUUACCCAUAUGAACCAUUAGAGAGCAAAAUUAAAGUUCUACAGUUUUUGGUGGACCAGUUCCUUACGACCAAUAUUGCCCGGGAGGAACUCAUGUCAGAAGGAGUGGUUGCCUAUGAUGACCACUGCAGAGUGUGCCAUCGUCUCGGUGACCUGCUGUGCUGCGAGACAUGUUCGGCCGUUUACCAUCUGGAGUGUGUGAAACCACCGCUGCAGGAAGUACCAGAGGACGAGUGGCAGUGCGAAGUGUGUGUAGCACACAAGGUUCCUGGUGUUGCGGACUGCAUCCCAGAGGCUCAGAAGAGCAAGCCAUUUAUCCGUCAACUGCCAGUCGGCUAUGACCGACACCAGCGCAAAUACUGGUUCCUGAAUCGACGCAUUGUUGUUGAAGAGGAUGGAGAGCAGGAAGACAAAGCCAUCUGGUACUACAGCACCAAGGUCCAGCUGGCUGAUCUGAUAGAUUGCUUGGAUAAGGACUACUGGGAGGCCGACUUGUACGCAGCCCUUGAGGAGAUAAGGGACGAGGUGCACGCACAUAUGGACAUCACUGAAGACCUAACCAACAAGGCCCGUGGCACCAACAAGUGUUUCUUCACUGCCGCCAACGAGGAGAUCCUGGAGCGGCUGCGGGCUAAGAAGGAGGAGGAGCUGGAGGAGAUAAAAAGACGAGCUGCCGAGGAAUCCCUUAGAGCACGGAUGGAGAAGGCGAGGGAGGAGUUUGAUUUGGAGAAGGAAGACGGAGAGGUCGGGCUGAAAGUUGAGGGACAUCCGGAAGGCAAGGUCAAAGAUUCGAUGGAGGAGGAGGAGACAAACGAAGAGGCCACAGAAGAGAAAAGGGAUGGUGUCAAAUCUGGAGUUGCUGAAGCUCCACCCACUGGCCAAGAAGGCAGUAGUGGCAGUAACUUCUCAGAUGGACCAAUACUUCCAGUAUCCUCAGCUCCGACACAAACCAUCACUGUGAGCUCAAGCCUGGCUACUGAGGCUCCACCGCCCCUGACCUCCAGCAUAGAGGCUCGUCUAGAGGGCUGUUCCCAUAAGGAGGUCUCUAACACCACUGAAGCAGAAAACUCGUCAUCAGAUCCUGUCGGUGGAGAUGGAAUCCCAAACCUGAGCCAGCCCUCUCAGACCUGUGAAGAGAACAGUAACAGCAGCAUGGGAGCCGGGGUCCCUCCCAGGGGCCCAGAACCCCCAGACUUGGUUGACAAGUCCUCCCAGUCAUCCCUGGCAAGCUUUGAUGACACAGGAGACGGUAAAGACUCGGCCAAUGGUGAGGGCUGCAAGAGGUCUUCGGCGACUCGCAUGGUGACCCGGCUGAGGAACCCAGAAAGCAAGCUGAGUCAACUCAAGAACCAACAGGUGUUAGUGGUAAAUGCACAAGGUGACGUCACACGUGUCAGCACGCGCAGCAGCAAAGACGUGGUGAUGAAGGGGGCCCUCUCUCAAUACUUCAAGCUUGGCCAGGAGGGCAAGUACCGCGUCUAUCAUAACCAGUACAGCUCCAAUACCCUGGCCCUCAACAAGCACCAGCACAGAGAGGACCACGACAAGAGGCGACAUCUCUCGCACAAGUUCUGCAUGACACCUGCAGGAGAAUUUAAGUGGAACGGGUCUAUCCAUGGCUCUAAGGUUCUCACCAUCUCCACACUGAGACUCACCAUCAUCCAGCUGGAGAACAAUGUUCCAGCGCCAUUUAUGCACCCUAACUGGGCCUCACACAGGACAAAUUGGAUCAAAGCAGUUCAGAUGUGCAGUAAAGCGAGGGAGUUUGCGCUGGCCCUGGCUAUCCUGGAAUGUGCCAUUAAACCUGUGGCCAUGCUGCCUGUCUGGAAAGACUCACUGGGCCAUACAAGGUUAAAUCGCAUGACAUCCAUGGAGCGCGAGGAGAAGGAGAAAGUAAAAAAACGUGAGAAAAAGCUGGAGGAUGAAGAGACGAUGCUACAGGCCACUUGGGUCAAAUACACCUUCCCAAUCAAACAUCAGGUGUGGAAGCAGAAAGGAGAGGAGUAUCGUGUUACAGGCUACGGGGGCUGGAGUUGGAUCAGUAAGACCUAUGUGCAGCGGUUUGUCCCCAAGCUUCCCGGCAACACCAAUGCCAACUACCGCAAAGAACUGGAAGAUGCGAAACUUGGCAAGAAGUGUACCCUCCUGGACCUGAGUCGACGACCCAGCGUUGCAACACCAGAAGCUCAGGGAGCUGCUGUUUUAAUCAGUGAAGCAAAAGAUCAAGGCUCAUGCAGCCUCUCCAAACCUGCAACAGAUCCUCUGCUGUCUGCUGAAUAUCUCGAGUCUAAUGAGAAGAUGGAAGAAGAAAUAAAAGAAGAGAUGGAUGUAAAAGAAAAAAAGACGGAGGAGAUGUCGGUUGAGGAAUCACCUGCAAAGAUGGAGGUGGACCCCACAGAAUCACCAUCGAAUGCAGAGAAAAUGUGCAGCACUGAGGAGGGUGAGGCUUCCAUUAAGGCGGAGCCAACAGAUGACGCUCAACGGCCCUUUUACUACGAUGUGGUGGAUGUCAGCAACGGUUUCCUCACCCGCAUUGCCUACAAGAAGGUGGUCAAGUCCUCCAAGCUGGACGGCCUGCUGGAGCGGCGGGUGAAGCAGCACGUUAUUGAAGAGAGGCAGAGGCAGCAAGUGUCUGCCUCCAAACCCAAGACCCCUGCACUAGUUUCACAAGCUACAGCUCCUGUUCCGAGCACUCCCGUCCGGCCGCGGUCGCCACUCAAGCCCCAUACUCUCGCUCAGACACAGCUCGCAUUGAGCACCGCUGUGAAAGUGGAGGAGAAAUCUUGCACACCACAAACUCCAGGGCUAGGAGAAGUUAGAGGAGGAAAAAAUGAAGGGGAGAGUUACACUGAACUCUCAAAAACUACAAAUGAUACUGUCACUCCCCUUCCUUUCCCCAGUCUGGACUCCACAGCCAAAGACAGUUGCAGUACAGGUACGGGUGGAGAUUUGGCUUCACCUCAAAAUCAGACCACCUCUUUGCCCAAGGAAUCGAAUGCAGACUUCCUGGAAAGGACCAUGGGGCCAAAAGAAACCAAUUCAGACACUUCAGGGCAAGCGGGUGUAAAACUCCCCGAAGGGGAAACUAUAGCACAGGGAACCCAUAGCUCUUUAGAGUAUCAAACAGCCAGUGUAGCAUCAGAUGUUACCAAGACUGUGCAUAUUGACAAUACAGGUUCUGCGAUUCCCAAUUUAAAAUGUGACUCUGUAAGGACAUCUACAAAUGUACCUGACCAGAAAAGUGGCCAGAACACAUCCCCUUUUAAACCUGUCCAGCAAAACCCAGAAAUCUCUGCACAUUCAGGCCCUGGGGAAAAUGGCAUGGCGCCAGCGGAGAACCAAGAAAUUGGACAACACAAAACCAAAAGUAUUAGCUCUCCCGACACCGCUCCAGUUUCUCCUCUCCCUCAGGUAAAUGGUAACGACGGCUUGGGGAGUGAAAGUAUGUUGAGUAACUCUGUCAUGGGCUCAAAUAAUGGCAUGCUCACCAACAGUCCCCAGAACAGCACUGUUAAAAUUGAAGAACAAGGACUAGUUGUCUCCCCGAAGGACCGCACUCAGCAAAAGCCUCUGGUGAAUGGAGAUUGGACCCCUGUGAACAACAGCACAGAGACUGGGCUGAAAGAACCAGGUCUAGUUUCGAGGGUUGAGGGCAAGACAUCGAUAUCGGACCAGGAAUACAAACCUCCAAUAAAGAUAACAAGGCUGGAAAACAACUUAGAUGCACCAGGACCUAAUACUCAGAGCACUCAACAGCACAACAGCACGUCCCCAGUUCAGACUGAGACCAAAGCCAGUUCUGUUGUCAAGAUCAUCAGAAUGGCACCGUCCCCUAUACCCUCUGCAGAGGAGUCGAGUCUCAGUGAUGACUUCGCUGAGGAGAACAGUAACAGUGGGACGACAGAGCCACUCAAAACCCUCAUCACCCAGGUAACCACAAAGUCCACCACCACCACCACAACAGUAGUUUCCACAGAGAUGAGGACAGCCAACGUGCCAUCCAACGCAUGUGGAGAAAAGGUGUCAACAACAGAAAGCAGCGCAGUGUCCACGCUUAAAACCAUGACCAAAACAACUGUGACCAAAAUCUGUUCCCCCGGGCUUGACGGUCAGUCGGACGACAGCCAGGGUGAAAUGGUGACACAAGAACAGAGAACCAUGCUCUCGGCGUCUGUCAGUAAGUCAACUACCGACACCAAUGGGAAAACCUCUGUUACAUCUGUUGCCGUGAGCCAAGAGGACUCCGCAUCAACAAAGAAUCACGUCCGCCUCCUGAAAUUCUCCCGCACCAAGAAGACACGCUCGGGCACAGCUCUUCCUUCAUACCGCAAGUUUGUCACCAAGAGCAGCCGCAAGAGCAUUUUUGUACUGCCCUAUGACAACUUGAAGGUGCUAGCGAGGCGAGGUGGAUUCCGGGAGCUUCCUCUGUUUAGCUACAACGCCAAGCCAGCCCUGGACAUCUGGCCGUAUCCCUCACCCAGGCCCACAUUUGGCAUCACCUGGAGAUAUCGUCUGCAGACUGUGAAGUGUUUGGCCGGUGUGAGUCUGAUGCUGAGGCUCCUGUGGGCCUCUCUGAGGUGGGACGACAUGGCUGUCAAACCGUCCGCUGCCAUCGGCACCACUCGCACAGCCCUAUCCCCACUCAUUGCUACAGAGACAUCGGAUACUGAAAUCACCACGACAGAGAUCAUCAAGCGCCGUGACGUGGGGCCCUACGGCAUUCGCUCAGAGUACUGCAUCCGCAAAAUCAUCUGUCCACUUGGAGUGCCGGAUACUCCGAAAGAAACACACACCCCUCAGAGAAAGGGCUUGCGCUCCAGUGCCUUGCGCCCCAAGAAGCCUGAGCCUGCCAAGCAGACGGGCCCAGUCGUGAUCGAGACGUGGGUGGCUGAGGAGGAGCUGGACCUGUGGGAGAUCCGAGCCUUCUCAGAAAGGGUGGAGAAGGAGAAAGCUCAGGCAGCAGAGCAGGCCAAGAAACGUCUCGAACAGAAACCAGGCACAGCGACACCGACAGGGACCCCCCCAACAUCUGCCUUGACACCCAAAGUCAUUGUCGGGUCAUUGACAGGCCAGGGCACGUCCAGCACCAAGGUAGUGCUGUCCACCAAGAUGGGCACCCCCGUCACAUUCCAGCAAAACAAGAACUUCCAGCAGUCGUUCGCCACCUGGGUCAAGCAGGGUCAAAGCACAGGCGCGGAGGGCACUAUGGCCAUGUCGGGUGGGCACACUUUCCAGAUUACGGGAACGUCCGUGGGUGGAAAGGUGUUGACCACCAAGCUGCCGCUGCCGGCUAACAGCAAGAUCGUCACAGUCAAUGUGCCAACUUCACAAGGAGGUGUGGUUCAGCAGAAAGUGUUGGGUAUCAUCCCGUCCAGCACAGCGGGUGGCGCCCAGACCUACACCACAUUCCAGCCGCGCACAACCACACUCAACAUCAGGCCCCAUACCCCUGGCUCCCAGCAACAGGUUCUGGCAACUGGCAGUCAGAUCCGUCCAGGAAUGACGGUGAUCCGAACCCCGCUCCAGCAGACGGGCCCCAUGGGAAAGACGAUACUACGAUCACCUCUCGUGGUCCAGCAAGGUCAGGGCGGUCAGCAGGUAGUGACGCAGAUCAUCCGAGGUCAGGCAGUUUCCACGGCAAUAUCCGGUGCCAGCCCUGUUGCCACUGUCACUGGGCAGGGGGCCAGCCCCGCCACAUUAGGACAGGCAGCACCCGGCACCCCACGGGCACAAGGGCAAGGCCAGGUUAAAUUGACCCUGGCACAGCUCACCCAGCUCACACAGAAGCAGCAGGCCACGUCAGGUGUGGAUCGGCAGGCUGGUGUCGGUGGUACCCAGCAGGCUCUGACAGUGAUGGUUCAGGGUCAGGGCCAGACCACGGGCCAGCUGCAGGUCAUACCUCACGGGGUCACCGUCAUCCCAGGACCUGGGCAGCAGCUCAUGCAGGCGUCACUGCCCAACGGCCAGGUGCAGCGCUUCCUCUUCACCCCAAUGGCCUCAGCUGCCACACCCACAUCAAGCACAGUCAACACAGUUCCAGGUCAACCAAAUUCCACCUGCACCAAAACCCCGGCCCAACCCGCCCAACAGGCAGCAGCCCCCAUCCAGGCGGGGGUGCCUUCACUUGCCACCACCAGCAGCCCUACUUCGGCGACCCCACAGGGCCAGCUGCCGCCUCAGACGCAGGCCCACAUGCCCAUCCAAUCACCCACUUCGCUGCAGGUUAAAACACAGGGAGGAACAGUGCAGCUGCAGCAGACGCCUCAGCUCAUCAGCGUGUCUGGACUGCAGCAGCAGGUACAGGUGCUGGCCCAGCUGCAGGCCCAGCAGGGUGGAGGCUCUCUGCCACAGCACAUCAAACUGCAGCUCCCCAUCCAGAUACAACAGGCCGGGACCACCUCAGCUCAGGGAGGACAGAUAGGGAACGUGGUCACCAUCCAGGCAGCUUCUGUCCAGGAGCAACUGCAGCGAAUCCAACAGCUCCGAGAACAGCAGCAGCAGAAGAAGAAACAAGCCGCAGAGGCCAAGAGAGAGCAGGCCCUCAACGCAGCCAGCCAGAGCGACAUCAUUCAGAAACAGGUGGUGAUGAAACAAAACGCUGUGAUCGAGCACCUGAAGCAGAAGAAGACCCUGACGCCUGCAGAGCGGGAGGAGAACCAGAGGAUGAUCGUAUGCAACCAGGUGAUGAAGUUCCUCCUGGACCGGAUAGACAAGGAUGACAGGCAGUCAGCCAAGAGGAGGAAAAAGGAAGAGGUGGUUGAGGCGAAAAAGAGGUUGGCCAACGCCAGCAAGCUCUCCUCGCUCCUUUACCGGCACAAAGAGAGCCUUAAGAUGGAAAUCCUGAAGAAGCGAGCGCUUCUGGACAAGGAUCUGCAGCUAGAGGCCCAGGAGGAGCUAAAACGCGACCUGCUUCGGAUGCGGAGGGAGAAGGAGAGGGCUCAGGCUGCAGCCAAGCAGGCAGCCCAGGCCGCAGCCCAGGCCGCCCACAAGCAGCAGCAACACACUCUGGCACACGCACACGGCAUCGCCGCUCAGCACCACCUCGCCACAACCGCCACCUCGGCACACAAGAGGAAACGGGACGAGGAGAGGGAAACAGCGACGUCAGCCAAAUCCAAGUCGAAGAAGAAAUUGAUCGUGACGACUAAUACGAAGGAUAACAAGAAGGAGAUCAAGCUGUACUGCGUCUGCAAGACGCCAUAUGACGAGACCAAGUUUUACAUAGGCUGCGACCUCUGUACCAACUGGUAUCACGGUGACUGUGUGGGCAUCACAGAGAAGGAGGCCAAGAAAAUGGACGACUACAUCUGUGUGGAGUGUAAACGGGGCCAGGAGAGCAGCUCAGAGGAGUUGUUCUGCAUUUGUCGGACGCCAUACGACGAGUCCCAGUUCUACAUUGGCUGCGAUCGCUGUCAAAACUGGUACCACGGUCGCUGUGUGGGCAUCCUGCAGAGCGAGGCCAACCACAUCGACCAGUACGUGUGCCCGCAGUGUCAGUCGACAGAGGACGCCAUGACGGUCUUCACCCCGCUCACGGACAAGGACUUCGAAGGUCUGCGGAGGAUUCUGCGCUCCUUACAGGCACAUAAAAUGGCGUGGCCGUUCCUGGAGCCAGUGGACCCGAAUGACGCCAUCGACUACUACAGGGUCAUCAAGGAACCAAUGGACCUUUCCACCAUGGAGGAGAGGUUACAGAAGCGCGAGUACGUGAAGCUCACCGAGUUCGUAGCAGACAUGACCAAAAUCUUCGAUAACUGCCGCUACUACAACCCCAGUGACUCGCCCUUCUACCAGUGUGCCGAGGUUCUGGAGAGCUUCUUUGUCCAGAAGCUCAAAGGCUUCAAAGCCAGCAGGUCUCAUAACAACAAACUACAAUCAGCAGCCUCUUAGCUCCCUCCUUAACAAACAAAAACAAAAAACAAGUGUCACAAAGACUUGUGAAAGAGGCUUGUGGUUCCCUCUGAAUGAUUAAGCCCUGUGGUCCUGGUCAGGCUGCAGCCGAACUUGAGGGGACACCCCUCAGCUGAAAACCAGCUUGCAAUGGUGUCACAGAGCCCGGCCUCCAACAUCUCCAUUGGUUUGCUGAUGGGGGGAAGAAGUGACUUCAAAAUCCCCCCCACAAGCAUCAGUGGAACAGACAGACAAAGACGUCCCACCUUCAGACCAGGGACAAGUGGUCCACAGACUGGUUGGCAGCUGGUUUCUUCCCAGCUUGCAGCUCCUACCAGUGCAGCCCCUCCACGAGAAGAGCGAUCCCGAUGGAAGUAGCAGGACGGUAGUUUAAACUGUCAAGUUGUCCGGUUGGAGGAUCACACGGCAGCAGCGCACUCCGAAAGAGCUGUGUGUAAUCUGUAGCUGCUCACUUUUUUUUGCUUUGUUCUUCCCACUCAGAGGUUUAACUUCAACUACAUCCUGUUGCAUUUUCCCGAUACAAACGUUUAAGCUUCGACAUGUCGAGAAAUGCCCGGAUUGUGUUUCACAUGAGGCUAAAUAUGCAGGACCUGCAGGUUUCACGGCCACCUACAGACUUCAUGUCUGGCAGCAGAAUCUUCUUUUUCUAGAUUAUUUGUCUCAGUCAGUUUUAGGGUUCAGUUAAUUAAUCCAGAAACGCAGUGUCACCUUCCCUGUUUCAAAGCUAGCUCCACUGCACCCAGCUGUUUUAACCACAUCGCUACAAUCCCCUCAGGUGUGUCGCCCUGUUUGAAGCGUGAACCAGCCACAGAGAAUCUUGAGUAUGUCUGUCAGUGGUGCAACUCAUUUACUGUACAUUCCCUGUCUGAGGAGCCCGGUGCUGGGAUGCUCCAUUUGAAAUAGAAGCUAAAGUGAAACAAAAAGUCAAAAGAGAUUAUUUUUCCAGUCCGAUGAGCAUCGUAAUAAUAAUUAAUUUCAGAGUUCUUUAUUUAGUUUUAAGGCUGUGUCCCUACACCUUAAUUCCCAGAGGGAAACACCAAGAACAGGCUGUCCCACCCCUCCUCUGAUUUGUUCCAAUUUGGUGCUUUUUCCAAAGUGCAACUGACGAAUGGCCACUAGUUCUGAGCUCCUGGAGGAGAAGCAACUGUUAGGCCUUCAGGUGAAGGUGAAGCUGGUACAAGGCUUAACUUACCCACACGUACCGUACGUCCAUUCACACACACUCUGUGUCUCCUGAAAGAUCCCUGUCUGUUUCCGUCAGUGGCUGAGUCUGUAAGUCUCCCUGCCCCUUAUCUAUCAGCCGCCUCUUCCAGCACAUUUCAUUGAAGCUGACUGGUUGGCUCACAGACGUCUCUCAACUCGCCCUCAAAGCAUUGGUUAAGUAAUUGGAUAAUGGACUUUUCCACUCAGCAUCAACUCAGUUAUGUAGCGGUUUGUGGCAGCAUGUCUGGGAGUCAACUUCAAUUGGGGGGGGGGGGCUGGGUCGUCUUUGUACCGCAGGGGUUUGUAUGAACAUUUUAUAGCUCAAAUUUUUAGCAUAUUUGGGAACAUUUUUGUAAUGUGUGAUUAUAAUUUUUUUGUAGGAAAGGAGCAGUCAUACAAUGGCUACAGUUGAUGUUAAAAUAAAAUUCAAAUGAGGAAAACAUUUCAGUCUCAAUCAGGAAGUCUUUUUAUUUGUGUGGACAAGAGUUCAGAGGUAAUGUAGCGUCUGUGUUUGUUUUCUGUGUUUCUCUUUCACACAAAUGUCCGUCACUUUGUAAUCUGAUGAUGUGUUUCAUCCACUGUUUGUAAUCUCUAUUGUACAUUAUUGCUGUCAAAAUAUGUAGAGAUUCAAGAUUUUUAGAGCACUAGAAACUUUUAUUUUUCACUUUACGAACCAGCAACUAAGCCUGUCAGUAUAUUUUAACAUUUUUUUCUCUUUAAUUGAAGUGAAUUCUACAUUUAGGUGAAAUUGCCCAUUACAUUAAAAGUGCUGCAUAUUGUGAGCAUAAAGGUUUUUGAACGAGGUAGAGUGACACCGCAACUCUAGAGGUUUUUCGUUGUUUGUAAGAAACCAACCAGUUCAGCAAAACUUCUAUAUUGACGUUGCAUCUCCUGUAUUAUUUAUUCAUGUCAAUGAAAAAUUCAAAGUUUUUUGUGGAAGGGGUGGGGGGGGGCAUGUUGAGGCAUCGCAACUGCAGAUAAGAAGUACUCUAUGUUUUUAACAGAUUGUGGCAACUCUGAAGAGAUUCUCUUUUGUACUUGAUAGGACAUUUCAUCCUGGAUAAAGUUAUGUUUUUGACACCA